AUGGCGACCAGGGACAUGGGGCCGACCGAUUUCGAGAAGGGGACUGGACCGAAGCUCGAGUCGACAAGCACAAACAUCAGCAAUGAUGGCGAGAUCAUCUACGACAACCAGGAGCAGCUCAGUUACUGGGAUCGCAUGGGUGUUACACCCAGGUCUUUCCAGAGACGAACCCUCGCCGACCAGCACAACCAGUUGAACAAGACCCUCAAGACCCGCCAUCUUCACAUGAUUGCCAUUGGAGGCUCCAUCGGUGCCGGACUUUUCGUCGGAUCUGGUGGCGCGCUGUCGAAAGGUGGUCCUGCCUCGUUGCUCAUCGGCUUUAUGGUUAUCGGUGUGAUGAUGUUCAACGUCGUAUACGCCCUUGGUGAACUCGCUCUGCUCUACCCAAUCUCCGGUGGUUUCUACACUUACUCGACCCGCUUCAUCGAUCCAUCAUGGGGUUUCGCCAUGGGCUACAACUACGUCUUCCAAUGGGCAAUUGUCUUACCGCUAGAACUUGUGGUUGCUGGUCUCACAAUCAAUUACUGGGGAGCCGAUGUCAAUGUCGCGGUCUGGAUCACAAUCUUCCUGGUCGCUGUCAUUGUCAUCAACAUCUUCGGAGUACUCGGAUACGCUGAAGAAGAAUUCUGGGUCUCGCUUCUCAAGCUGAGCACCAUCAUCGUCUUCCUCUUCAUGGGUGUCAUCUUCGUCUGUGGUGGUGGUCCAAGCCGCGGCCAGUACAGCGAAUACUGGGGCAUGCGUACAUGGUACAACCCGGGCGCCUUCAACGACGGCAUCUUCGGAUUCUGUAGUGUCUUCGUCACUGCCGCUUUCUCUUUCUCCGGUACGGAGCUUGUCGGUCUGGCCGCUGCAGAGACCGAGAACCCACAGAAGUCGCUUCCAGGUGCUAUCAAGCAAGUCUUCUGGCGCAUCACACUCUUCUACAUCUUGGGCCUGUUCUUCGUGGGAGCGCUCCUCCGAUACGAUGAUGAGCGUCUCCUCGGUGCGGGUCUCAUCGAUGUCUCGGCCUCGCCAUUCGUCAUUGUCGCCGUCGAUGCCGGUAUCCCAGCUUUCGGAGACUUUGUCAACGUCGUCAUUCUGCUCGCUGUGAUCAGCAUCGGUCUCUCCGGUGUUUACGGUGGCUCCCGAACUUUGACUGCGCUCGCUGAGCAAGGUUACGCGCCCAAGAUCUUCGCAUAUGUCGAUCGCGCCGGACGUCCACUGUACUCCACCAUCGCUAUCAUCGCAUUCGGACCCAUCGCAUACGUCUCGUUGGCUAGCAGCGGUGUCACCGUCUUCGCCUGGCUACAAGCACUUUCUGGUCUCGCCGCCCUCUUCACAUGGGGCAGCAUCUGCCUUGCGCAUAUCCGUUUCCGAUCUGCUUGGAAGUACCACGGUCACACUACUGAUGAGCUCCCCUUCAAGGCCAUCUUCGGCGUCACCGGAUCCUGGAUCGGCCUGAUCCUCAACGUCAUCGUCCUGGUUGCCACAUUCUACACUUCCAUUGCUGGUGCCAUCCGCGCAUCCCGAGGAGAGAACGGCGAGACGCUCGUCGCCGAGGGCGUCUCAGCAUUCUUCCAGGGCUACCUCGCCAUCUUCGUCGUCAUCGUCUUCUACCUCAUCGGCUUCAUCUGGAAGCGACAGAGCUGGGUGUCGAUCAAGAACAUCGAUGUUGACUCUGGUCGUCGUGAGAUCAACUACGAGGCUUUCGAGGCAGAGAAGCUUAAGAGGCAGAACUGGGGACCCGCAAGACGUUUCCUCGACAAGCUUUUCUAA